UUAUUGUUUAUUCCCAUGUGGUGUUGAAAAAUGGACGCGCACAUGAUGCUGAUUUCUACGUUUUAAAAAUGUUAUUCUUUGGCGUUUAUGUUCGUUAAGCAGUAAUUAUUGACGAGAUCGUGACAAAGUGUUGAGUGAAAAUGACAGAUAUGCCUCCUUAUCUCGCGGUUAAAGAUGAGGAAAAUAGUAAUCAGGGUGACAGUGAAACUUCCUCGGACAUAGAUGAUUGGGAUUUACCCCUAUGUUUCAAUAAACCUAGGCAUCUUGAGCCCAUAAAAGGUGCAGAACGCGUGGAGCACUCGUGGAGAGUGAAAGAAAAGUAUAAGACUCACUGUGUAGCACUGGUGCUAUGUCUCAAUGUGGGAGUGGACCCUCCCGAUGUGGUGAAGACACAGCCGUGCGCCCGCCUUGAAUGUUGGAUUGAUCCAAACUCGCUGUCCCCGAGCAAAGCGCUGGAGAGCAUCGGCCACUCGCUGCAGUCGCAGUACGAGCGCUGGCAGCCGCGCGCGCGCUACAAACAGUCCCUGGACCCCACCAGCGACGAGGUGAAGAAGCUGUGCUGUUCGCUGCGCCGCAACGCGAAGGACGAGCGCGUGCUGUUCCACUACAACGGUCACGGCGUGCCCAAGCCCACGGCGCAGGGCGAGAUAUGGGUCUUCAACAGGGCAUACACCCAGUACAUCCCACUGUCGAUGUACGACCUGCAGACUUGGAUGGGCGCUCCCUCGCUCUACGUUUACGACUGCUCCAACGCGGGCGUCAUCGUCGACAACUUCCGCCAGUUUGCCGAGCAGCACGAGCGAGAGUAUGAGGCGGCGCAGUCCGCGAAGCCGGCGGAGGCCGCGGCGGUGUCGUACCGGCACUGCAUCCAGCUGGCGGCGUGCGCGGCCGGACAGACUCUGCCCAUGAACCCGGAGCUGCCCGCGGACCUGUUCACCGCCUGCCUCACCACGCCCGUCAAGAUGGCCAUGAAGUGGUUCGUGCUGCGCACGCGCACCAGGGUCGCGCAGCACGACCUCAUCGACCUCAUUGACAAGAUCCCGGGCCAAGUGUCGGACCGGCGCACGAUGCUGGGCGAGCUGAACUGGAUCUUCACCGCCAUCACCGACACCAUCGCCUGGAGCUCGCUGCCGCCGCCGCUGUUCCAGCAGCUGUUCCGCGCCGACCUGCUCACCGCCAGCCUCUGCCGCAACUUCCUGCUGGCGGACCGCAUCAUGAGAUCGUACAACUGCACGCCGGUGUCGUCGCCCGCACUGCCGUCGCUGGCGCGGCACCCACUGUGGGCCGCGUGGGAACAGACGCUGGACCUGGCGCUGGCGCAGCUGCCGGCGCUGCUGCCCGACCCCAAGCUCUACACGCACUCCGCCUUCUUCCGGGACCAGCUCACCGCCUUCCAAGUGUGGCUGGAUCUCGGUAACUGGUCGGCGCGGCGGCCGCCGCCGUCGCAGCUGCCGAUGGUGCUGCAGGUGCUGCUGAGCACGCUGCACCGGCUGCGCGCGCUGCAGCAGCUGAGCCGCUUCCUGGCGCUGGGCGCGUGGGCGGUGCGCGCGGUGCUGGCGGUGGGCAUCUUCCCCUACAUGCUGAAGCUGCUGCAGGCCUCCGCCCCCGACCUGCGCGCCGCCAUGGUCUACAUCUGGGGCAAGAUCAUCGCCGUCGACCCCAGUUGCCAAGUCGAUUUGGUGAACGCAAAAGGUCAUAAGUACUUCUUGGCUGUUCUACAAGACCCUACGGUCGACAUAAAGCAUAGGACGCUGGCAGCGUACGUGUUGGCUGGGAUCGUGGACAACUAUCCCGCGGGACAAGAGGCUGCUUUGCAGGGUUCAAUGAUCUCGAUCUGCCUGGAGCAGCUGGGCGAGUGCUCGCAGUCGGAGAGCGAGACGGAGGAGAGCGCGCGGCUGCAGCAGUGGGUGUGCGUGGGCGUGGGGCGGCUGUGGCGGGGAUGCGAGGCCGCGCGCUGGGCGGGCGUGCGGGAUCUGGCGCACGAGAAGCUGCAGCCGGCGCUGGCGCACGCGCGCGUGGAGGUGCGCGCGGCGGCCGCGUUCGCGCUGGGCUGCUUCAUGGCCGGCGGCGCGCGCGCGCGCAGUGCGCACGCGCACGCGCACGCGCUGGACCAGCAGGUGGCGGUGGCGCUGGCGGCGCGGCUGCCGCGCGACGCCUCGCACCACGUGCGCGCUGAGAUACUGGCCGCGCUGCAGUGGCCGGUGCUGACCUUCGAGCAGCACUUCAUCGCCGUCUACAUGCAGGAGCGCAUGCGCCGCAGCAACAACCUCGUGAGCGGGCCGUGUGGGUCGCAGCCGGUGGCGGUGGGGCAGGACGCGCUGCAGCCGCACGCGGCCACGCCCCCCACCCCCUCGCGUCAUCCUCGCCAGCUACAGCUGCCCGCUAUCGGGUUCGGGUCGGUGUACAUGAAGCUGUGGCACACGCUGGUCGCGAUGGCGCGCGAGCCGCACCCGCAGGUGUCGCAGAUGGCCAGCGACAUCAUCAGCUACAUCUCCAACCAGACGGACAACGUGAGCCGCGAGGUGGAGAUGCCGCCCGCGCGCACCCUGAGCAGCAGCUCCUCGCUGCCGCCGUCGCCCAACACGCGGGGCGCGGUCGCCGACCACCACGCCACGCUGCCCAACAUGAGCAAAAGCCGCAGCAACAAGGCCAGCCUGUCGCACGCGGCGUCCGAGGACUCCGCCCCGGCCGCCGACCGCGACUCCACCUCCUCCUCCUCUAGUCAACCGAAAGAAACGAAGAAGCCGAUAGUGCAAACACAGUUCGUGGAGUGGGCGUCCAGUCAGUUCUGUCGGGCUGAGGACCUCGGCCAGCUGGACUGCCAGAGCCGCAGCCACCACGAGCGAGUGUGGAGAUACAGCCGCAACAACAAGCUGCGCACCGAGGCCAGAGCGCUGCUGCGCGCGCGCGCGCCGCGACUGGACACGCAGGCGUUCCAUUCGCGCUGUGCGCUGCCGCCUUCAGUCGUGCUGUUCCAUCCCUACGACCAGCAUCUCACCGUCGCCUCCAAGGACAACUUCGGCGUGUGGGACUGGGGCACGGCGGCCAAGCUGCUGGUGGGGGCGUGGCGGCGGAGCUGGGGCCGCAUCACGGCGCUGGCGCACCUCAACGCGCACGACCACGCCCUGCUGGCCGUGGCCUCGCACACCGGCCAGCUGCUCAUCUACAGAGGGUCGGGCAGCAGCGCGGAGCCGGCGCUGGUGGCCGGCUGGCGCGCGCUGGACGCGCUGCCGGCGCCCGACUACCGCCCGCCGCGCGCGCAGCCCAUAUACAGUCUGGCGCAGCUGGUGUCGGAGCAGUUCGCGGCCAACUACGACGAGCGCGGGAAGCAGGACUCCAACAACGCGGGCGGGGGUGCGGGCACGGGCGCGAACACAGGCGCGGAGACAGGCGCGGGCGCGGAGGGCUACAGCGCGCCGCCGCCGACGCUGAUGCGCUGGAGCGCAGCGCGCGGGUCGCUGGCGCUGGCGGGCGCGAGCGCGCUGGUGCGAGUGUGGGACGCGCGCGCGGAGCUGCUGCUGCGCGACGUGCCCACCGGCCGCGACGCGCGCGUGUCCGCGCUCAGCCGCGCCGGAGACAUGUUGAUGUGCGGGUUCGCGGACGGAUGCGCGCGCGGCUGGGACGAGCGCACGAGCGCCGCGCCCGUGCUCGCCUUGCACGACCACGCCGCGCCCGUGCUCUGCGCCACACUACGGUCCGACGUGUACACACUGAUCACGGGCGCGGCGGACGGCGCCGUGCGGUUCUACGACACGCGCAGACUGAGCGUGCGCCACACUGCGCAGGCGCCGGCGCCGCUCGCCGCUCUAGACGUGCAUCCGCUCUGCAGCCUCGUCGCCUGCGGCUCGGUGAAUCAGUGCAUCAGCAUCUACGACCUGUCGGGCUCCCAGCUGCACAGCAUCAAGUUCCACGAGGGGUUCAUGGGCGCGCGCAUCGGCCCUGUCUCCUGCCUCACCUUCCAUCCGCUCAGAUGCGCGCUGGGCGUGGGGUCGAAGGACUCCACGGUGUCGGUGUACGUGUCGGAGCCGCGCCGGUGACCCUCGCUCUACAACCUCGCCCGCGCCAACUGAGAUGAUGUCGACAGAGCGGCGAGGUGUAGUCCCGGAACAUUGGUGCUACAUAAUAUACAGAUACGCUUAUAGCGCGCUCGCUCACUCCGCGCCACUCAUGUGGCAUACAGCUUCAAAAACAACGUUUAUUUUCACUACACAGUUCAAUUUAUCAUGUAUGUAUGUAAUAUGAAUCGUGAAUAUUUAUAUUACAUACAUACAUGAUUAUUGAAGCAUUAUUAAAGGUCUCUGUCUGAAGAAUAGAGAUCAUAUUCGAUCUAGUAAUUAAAAUAAAAUAUGAAAAACGGCCUUAUUGCCCUGCAAUUAAUUCAGUUCGGAUGAUACUACAUUUGUAAUAAAUCAUUAUUUUAGGAGUGAAGUGCCCCUGGGUAUCGGGUCGAUUGGUUAACAUAUUAUAUUUAUAUAAUUUCGCCGCGAACACCCGGUCGCUAGAUUAACUUAUAGGUACGCAUAAUAAUAUAUAUAUUAAAUACACUAUUCACAAAUGUAAUGCUUUAAGUAUGUAAUAAUACUUUGUAAAUAUGAUAGCGCAGUAGGAAGCCGUGCGUAGCUGCGCAUGCGCGUACGGGUGUAGCGCACGCGUCCAUUGUGUUCAGAGAGCGCAUUCUUUUGUAACUCUAGUAACUCUUC